AUGGAACCGACCCCAUACGGUCAAUUUUCCGCCACUGCUUUUGCGGCUUUCCAAAACUCUAUGAAUGUUUUUGCGAGUACGCAACAAAAUCAAGCCAUACAAAACUUGAUGAUGCGUAACCCUUUUAACAUGCAACCCGUUGAACCUUCCCAACCAUCGCAACCUAUUCGAACCGAACCCGAUGACGAUGUCAUUGAAGUCAUUCCCGAGACCCAACCGCAAACAACCAAACGAAAAAAAGGAAAGAAAGUUGCGGUUGACCAAAGCCAACCUUCCAAACCGAAGCCGAAACAAUGGACGCAACUCGAGGAGGAAGCCUUAGCGAAGGCUUAUAUAGGCUCGUCCACACACCCCAUUAAAGGUAACAAUCAAACGGGUGAGGGUUUUUGGAAAUCGGUGUUGGCGAAGUUUCUUGAGCUAAUGGAACAAGGACCGUAUCGAGAUGUCGACUCGGUAUCGUCGAAGUGGCGCAAGAUGAGUGGGCUCGUCAACAAGUUUUCGGAGGAAUAUAAUAAAAUAUAUACAAGUGGGCGUCGUAGUGGGAUGAGCGACGAGGAUGUCUUCAAAAAGGCAUUGGAUGUUUACAAGACGAACCAUAAAACCACGUUCGCACACGUUCGGGCUUGGGAAGUUAUGCGAACGGCCCCAAAGUGGGCGUCGGUUACGAACGAGGUGGAGAUGGCAAAACGUCAAAAAAACUCGGAGACCUGUAGUUAUAGCACCGACGGCUUGGACGCAAGAUGUCACAUUAAUUUAAACGACGACUCCGAGUUCGAUGAAGAAGUGUAUGUCGUAAGGGAAGCGGAACGUCCCCCGGUCCGGGACAAAUCAAAGAAGGAGGCGGCCUCAAAGAAAGAAAAGCAAAAGGUUAGCGAUCCGAAGAUGGAGGAGUUUAUGACGCAAUUUAAAACUUACUCGAAGGUCACGGCCCAAAAGGCGAAGGCGAAGGAACGGGCGGUCGAAGAAAAGGCACACGUGUCGGGAGAAAGGUUACGAUUGGCCGAUGAUAAGGUUCGGGUUAAAGAGUGGGAUAUAUUGACGAUGGAUGUUGAUAAUUGUCCUGAACCAAAAUGUUCCACUUUAAAGAAAUUGCAAGAAGACAUCAUGAAGAAGCAUCAAAAUCUUACCGUCUUUCAUCAUCAUCAUCGCAGAGGAGGACCACAAAAGUUACAGAUCAUCACCGUGACCAUCAUCUUCGCCGGAAUACUCUCUCUCACAGAUCUCAAAUUCCAUUGA